AAGGUGACGUGACAAUUUCCUGACAGACCUUUCUACCGUCACUUCGUGGAACAAGGAGGAACCUGCGUGUGAGGGACCAACAAGGAGGGCGGCGAGUUCAUGGCGAUCCACAGCCUUUCAUUUCAUGAUGAUGACUGCACCUGGUCGGAAAUCAGCCAAUGCCACUACUACUACAACAACUACAACCAACCACCAUACGCCAUGGCCCACCAGCCAUAGACAAUUGAUCCAAUGAGACGAUAAAAGUCCAGAUGGAUGGACUAUGUUCAUGCGGUUGCGACUGUGUGUGUUUGUGUGCGGAUUCGUGUAGACUUGAAGGUCCUACUCUAAUGCUACUCUUGGAUGCAUAAUUGACGAAGACACAUUAACGUUGAGUCUCCGAUUCAAGGGAAAUCCAACGAGGUUGGAAGUUGGAAUGAAAGAACAAACAAAAAACAUCACUACCACUUUAAACGGUGGAAAUAGUGAUUUAUAGUGAUCUAAUUUUGCUGGGAUAAAAAGGAUGUUCUCAUAUUUCAUUGAGGCAACAUUUAAGUGAAUCCUUCCUUCCAAAUCUGCUUGGCCAUGGUGGCUGUCAAACCUUCAGAGUCACAACGUGAUAUCAUCGCCAAUGACAGUGUGUACAAUAGUCGAUUCAAUUAUGCGAACAAUCACAUCAAGACAUCCAAAUACACGUUUUUGACGUUUCUACCCCUGAAUCUCUUCGAGCAGUUUCAAAGGCUGGCCAACUUCUACUUUAUAUGUCUCUUCAUUCUUCAGCUCAUUCCUGUGAUAUCAUCUCUUACGCCAGUGACCACAGCUGUACCUUUAAUCGGGGUCCUCUCCAUAACGGCCAUUAAGGAUGCCUACGACGAUGUGCAACGACAUCGGACUGACAAUCAAGUCAAUAAUCGAAGGUCCAAGGUCCUUCGGAAAGGUUGUUUGGUGGAGGAAAAAUGGCAUCGAGUUCAGGUCGGGGACGUUAUUCGAAUGGAGAACAAUCAAUUUGUGGCAGCCGAUAUCCUUCUCCUUUCGUCGCACAAUCCCAAUGGUUUGUGCUACAUCGAAACUGCCGAAUUGGACGGGGAGACCAAUCUCAAAGCCCGCCAAUCUGAGGAGCUGACCAAUCAGUUGGGGCAAAACGAGAACGCCUUGAGUCAGUUCAAUGGACACAUCGUGUGCGAGGCCCCCAACAAUAACCUCUCCAGGUUCGAAGGUACCCUCAGUUGGGAGGGUCAGAAUUUCCCCGUGGACAAUGACAACAUCCUGCUACGUGGGGCGGUUCUACGGAAUACCCUGUGGUGUUAUGGGGUCGUGAUCUUCGCCGGAAGAGACACGAAGCUCAUGCAGAAUUCGGGCAAAACAAAGUUCAAACGAACUAGUAUCGACAGAUUGUUGAACUUUAUCAUUCUUGGGAUCGUGUUUUUCUUGGUGUGCAUGUGCCUGUUUUGCACCAUCGCCUCUGCCGUGUGGGAGACUCUCACUGGACAGCAAUUCCAAAUUUAUUUGCCUUGGGACUCCAUAAUCCCAACGGAACCCAUAAGUGGAGCCACUCUGAUCUCAUUCCUGGUGUUCUUUUCGUAUGCCAUAGUCCUCAACACUGUGGUUCCAAUCUCUCUUUAUGUCAGCGUGGAAGUGAUCCGAUUGGCCAUGAGCUUCUUGAUUGGUUGGGACUUGAAUAUGUAUUAUGAAAAGACAGACACCCCUGCCCGAGCUCGAACGACUACCCUCAAUGAAGAGCUCGGACAAAUCGAAUACAUCUUUUCGGACAAAACGGGAACCCUUACUCAGAACAUAAUGACCUUCAAUAAAUGCACUGUCCGUGGUGUCUGCUACGGAGAUGUUAUCAACGAAACAGAGCAAGAAGUGGACCCGGAAGAGGAUGAAACUACCGCCCAUUUGGAGCGAGAGGAGCCCUCGUUUGCACUCAUCACCGACAUUUUUAGUCGAUUCCUCAUUCGAGAGGCCACUGCCAAUAUCCAAGGCGUUGAUUAUCAAUUGCCCAAUCCGAGUGACGAGAGGCCCCAAAUUGCCGCCAUAUCGACAAAUGGAAGUCUGGGAGCCCGUCCCAAAACGCAGCCGGACAAACCCAAAAGUUCCAAUUUAAAACAGCCCAAUGCGGCCCCUCUCGCAAAAAAAGAGAAAAAGGUCGAUUUCUCCGCCAAUCCAAUGUCUGAAGCCACAUUUGACUUCUAUGACCAAAGCCUGUUGGAUGCCGUGGGUUCAAAUUCAGAUGUGGACGAGUUCUUCCGAUGUCUGGCCAUUUGUCACACAGUCAUGCCCGCAGAGAAAGAUGGGAAAUUGGAAUAUCAAGCUCAAUCGCCCGACGAAAAUGCUCUGGUCUCGGCAGCCAGAAACUUUGGGUUCGUGUUCUUGCAACGUUCUCCCCGAAGUGUGACGAUUUCAUGCAAUGGCAAGGAGGAAAUCUACGAGGUGUUGUGCAUUCUCGAUUUCAAUAAUGUCAGGAAGCGCAUGUCUGUGAUAGUGCGAAGAGACAACCGGAUCAAGUUAUAUUGCAAAGGAGCUGAUACGGUGGUGUUUCAGAGGCUCAAGGCUGGCCACGACGACGAAGUUAAAACCAAGGUUCAAGACCAUCUGGAUAAAUUUGCGUCCGAGGGUUUGCGAACUCUGGUUUUGGGCGUCAAGGACCUAAGUGCUGAGCAAUUCGAGGAUUGGAAGGCGUCUCACCAUGAGGCUGCCAUAGCCUUGGAUAAUCGGGAGGAAAAGUUGGAUGCUAUCUAUAAUGAGAUCGAGAAGGACCUCCAAUUACUUGGCGCCACGGCCAUCGAAGAUAAGCUACAAGAUGGAGUACCCGAGACCAUUGCCAAUUUAGCCUUGGCCGGAAUCAAACUCUGGGUCUUGACAGGUGACAAACAAGAGACGGCCAUCAAUAUCGGCUACUCGUGUCAUUUACUCACCGAUGAUCUCAUGGAGGACCCGUUCAUCAUCGACGGUGAAAACUUUGAUGAGGUCCAACUUCAACUAGUCACCCACCGAAAUACCAUCCAAAACAUUACGAGUCAAUACCAAAGAAGUCGAGAUUCCUUGUCAAUGCUGACGUUAAGCGAGACCUACUCGGACAGCGAUGAUCUGGACCCGAGCUCUUACGUGGACGAAUCGGGUAGAUCCGGGUUUGCUCUGGUGAUCAAUGGUCAUUCCCUAGUUUACGCACUUUCGGAGGAAUUGGAACUCCUUUUCUUGGGCGUGGCCGAGAAAUGCAACGCUGUGAUAUGUUGUCGGGUGACGCCCUUGCAAAAAGCCAUGGUUGUGGAACUGGUGAAAAAGUACAAAAAGGCCGUAACCUUGGCGAUUGGCGAUGGCGCCAAUGAUGUGUCAAUGAUCAAGACCGCCCACAUCGGGGUUGGAAUAUCCGGUCAAGAAGGAAUGCAAGCGGUUUUGGCCUCGGAUUACAGUUUGGCUCAGUUUAGAUAUCUGGAACGGCUCCUGUUGGUCCAUGGUCGGUGGUCGUACUAUCGGGUGUGCAAAUUUCUCCGAUAUUUCUUCUACAAAAACUUCGCAUUCACCCUGUGCCACUUUUGGUAUGCAUUUUUCUGCGGAUUCAGUGCACAGACACUUUUUGAGCCUGCCUUCAUUGCUGUGUACAACUUAUUCUACACCUCACAACCCGUUCUGGCUUUGGGUGUGUUUGACCAAGAUGUAAGCGCGGAAAUGUGCUUGAAAUAUCCCAAACUUUACACACCCGGACUGAUGUCUUCUCUUUUCAAUAAAAAAGAGUUCUUCAAGAGUGCAUUUCAGGGAUUCUUUGCCAGUUUUGUGCUGUUCUUUGCCACACAAGGCGCAUACCAUGACAAGAUCUCUUGGAACGGAGAAGGCCUUUCGGAUCAUAUGACCUUUGGCUCUGUCGUGGCCACCAUCCUUGUGGUUGUGGUCACCGCACAAGUGGCCCUGGACACCUCGUAUUGGACGGCCUUUAACCAUAUCACCAUCUGGGGAAGCAUUGCCGUGUAUUUCUUGCUCCAGUUCUCCUACAAUUACAUCUUUGGCGGUGCUUAUGUCGGUUCUCUGGCCAAGGCUAUGUCAGAUUGGACGUUCUGGUUCACUUGUUUGGUGACGACGGUUGUUCUUUUGUUGCCAGUUGUUGCUUGGCGUUUCUACCGCAUGGAUGUCCAUCCAACCUUGACGGAUAAGACCAGAUUGGUUCAAAGGUCACAGAAGAGAGUCAAGCCCAAGCCAGAGUUCCGUCCUUUCAGUGGCAGAAGAAGUCGACGAAGUGUUCGCUCUGGAUACGCAUUCUCUCAUCAAGAGGGAUUUGGCCGCCUUAUCACUUCGGGGAAAAUCAUGCGUCAUCCUCACCAAGGACCAUUCUCACUGCAUCCAAAUCCGCCGUCCCAAGACGGUGGCGGAGGUGCCGGGAGUCAAGUUUCCUCCUCCAGCGAGUCCUUGGCUAGGAACACAAAGGCCAACAAAGGCAGUCGCGGCCAUCAUCAUAAUCAUCACCAUCAUCAUCAAAAGGCAUCACAUGGACGGCAAAGACCCGGUCAAGGCGGACUCACCACCCCUAUGGAAGAGGGCAAUAAUCUAGCAAUUAAUUUGGAGAUCAAUGGCCACCUCCGAGAAGUCGGCAUUCCCAAUCGAAUCGAGAGCGAAUAAGAGACGUCGAACCCGAAAGUUGCUUUAUCUUCUGGGAUCCCGUCAUGAUCCCUGAGGCUCAAGUGAAGCGAAAAUGGACUCGGGCUUUUCUCAUCUCGUCACCCUCGACCUUCGUCCGUCUCUCGAUGUCUCUGUGGACCCGUCAAAUUAAUCGAACCAAAAGACCAGGGCCUUGAUUGUUGGCGGGUCUGUUUUCCUUGAGUCAAUACGUUCACACCAUGAGAUCCAACAUGAUGAUCCAACAUGUUCCAAUGUUCCAAAACAUGGGACAAUGAUGAAGAGCAAUGACUGUGGAGAGAACGUUCUUGGCUUGCUAGUCAGUCAGUCGUCUUACCACUAUUAACCUACUCCUGUACGGAAAGCGAAUCCCUAAGGGAAUGAUGAUUAAUGGACAUGAUGAGUUUUGAAUUCAUUUUAAUGACGUACCUGUUUCUUGAGCGUGGACCAACCGAGGGAAAUGCUAUGUGCAUAUUAAUACAUUAUUAUGGAUGUUGGUAGAUUUUUGACAAAAAUAUCACCGCAUAAUGCCCACCCCUUUUUAUGAACGUAGACCUUCUUAUUUUUGGCAAUAAUAAAAGGAAGAAAACAACAACA